GGCAUCGCGGUGUUGUGCGUGUAGCUUCUCAAGUGAACUUAAAAUUUGUUUUGAAAUCCAAUAUCCUUUCAAAAUGUGUUAGAUUUGUAAGUGAAUGCGUCAUUAGCAACGAUGGACGGUAACGGUUGCCCGGACGGGCAGGACGAUAUAGACGGCGGGAUUUUCAAUGACAAAUUUCAACUUCGUCCAAGCGCUGAUGAUGAAGAAAAGAAGCUUUUUUGGCUGGAAGGAGUGAUGGGGUGCUUCUCAUCAGUUAUCUCCGUGUUCCGCCCGCCGGCAGAGAAGCCAGCGCUAGAAGAAAAAUGGGAGAUACCAGCGGAGGCGAUCACGAACCUGGUGUACCUCGGGUCCGGCGCCCAGGGCGUCGUGUACGGCGGACAGAUUAACAACGAAAUGGUGGCCGUGAAGAAACUACGCGACCCCGCCGAGACGGACAUCAAACACCUCAGGAAACUCAACCAUGACAACAUAGUCCGCUUCCGCGGGGUAGUGACCAAGCCCCCCACUUACUGCGUGGUCAUGGAAUACUGCCAGUACGGGCCGCUCUUCGAGUUCCUGCACAGUGGCUCCCUCUUCGCGCCCAAACAGAUCCUCAAGUGGGCGAAAGAGAUAGCAAACGGCAUGGCUUAUUUGCACAGUCACAAGAUUAUACACAGGGAUCUUAAGAGUCCAAACAUCCUGAUAGCGGACAACCUGGUGGUGAAGGUGUCUGACUUCGGCACGUCGCGCGAGUGGAACGACGUGAGCGCCAUCAUGUCGUUCACGGGCACCGUGGCCUGGAUGGCGCCCGAGGUGAUCCGCCACGAGCCGUGCUCGGAGCGCGUCGACGUCUGGUCCUUCGGCGUCGUCUUAUGGGAACUUCUCACACAGGAGAUACCUUAUAAGAACAUGGAGACGCACGCCAUCAUGUGGGGCGUCGGCACCGACACCAUCUCCCUGCCCGUUCCCGCCACAGUGCCCGACAGUAUGCAGCUCUUGCUCACUCAAUGCUGGAACAGGACGCCUAAAAACAGGCCACCCUUCAAAAUAAUAGCGGCGCACCUAGAGAUAGCCGGCGACGAGUUCGCAGAGAUCCACCAGGAGACCUUCAGCGUGACCCAGCAGACCUGGAAGAAAGAAGUGCAGGAGGGCAUGGCGCAGCUCUACACCAAGAGCGAGAAGCCGGCCGACGUGCAGGAGACGGCCACUAGGAAAGAGGAGCUGAAACACGCACGAGAUAUCAGACAGGUGUACGAGAAGCAACUGGCGCGCGCCAACGAGCUGUACAUGGAGGCGUGCGCCGUCAAACUGCAGCUGGAGCAGCGCGAGGCCGCCCUCACGGAGCGCGAAAAGGCUUUGAAAUCAUGCCGGUGCGGGUUCCGGAAACUGGCGCUCCACCGACAGAGCUCGACCUCGUCGGACGGCAAGGGCCGCGUGGAGCCAGUGCACAGGAGGCAGCGGAAGCGGGACACCGUCAUCACGCAGCAACAACUCAACACCAGCACCGCGCUACUCACCGACUCCAACAAGUUCUCCUCAAUCGUCAACGGCGUGAAAAACAACAACCUUGAGAAAGAGACGGCAGAUACCGUCGUCGAGAAGAACGGCAACGUCGAAUUAAAAGAUGUGGUCAACGAUAAUUAUAUCGACGAGGUCGCUGCUCAAGUGUAAAUAUACUCUGACAAACCCACUUUUGCAGUAGAAAAAUACGCGAAUUUUCAAACUUACUCUGUGGGACCCUUCUCGCCUAUAUUUUAUAAAUUUGCCGCCUUUUUCUACUGACGGAAAUGGCUUGCCGAACUAUAGUUAAUGUACUGCAGAUUUUUUCAACGCAAGUACUGCACUUGAUGUUAACAUUAUUAAAGAUAUUUUGACACGAAUUGAUGUACCUUAGGUGUGCCCCUUCGUUUGACUUUUUUAGAUUUUUUAUUUAUUAUAUAAGAGGAGCGUUUGAAAAUUUGUAUGCACGCUCCCAACUAGUUCCAACUCUUUUAAUAGGUACCCAAAUAUUGAUAAAAGUCUAACAAAGGAACCUAUCAAUAUACAUCAAACUGUAUUAACAGUAUUUCUAUAAUGUUAAUAUUAGAUAUAGUUAAGUUUGUUAUGAAAAGCUGUCGCCCCAUUUCCCCUAAGUCAUAGACCAAAACAUAAUAAUAGACCAUAGAUUACCCAAAGACCAUAAAGCGUUUACCAAGACUGUUAAAAAAAAACUAAAAAUACUUGUAAAAAAAAAGCACCACCGUAAACAUAUUUUUGUUAAUAUUUGAAUAAAAAUAUCUGAACAUGCACUCUACCGCCCUCACAAUAGAGGUGUGUUCAGAUAUUUGUAACCACCUUGACCGCGCAGAUAUAUCUGAUGGCGAGUGUACAGUCAGCUGCAGAUAUACCACAACCCUUUUUAUAGAAGUUCUAUGUAGGGUUCUUGGUUUCACUUACCUAUAAUACCUAUACAUAUACACGGUGUAACAUGAGUAAACCGAAUAAUUCUAACAGCGUAUUCCUGAUCAUAUUUAGAGACAAAAAUGUCCUAUAAACUUUUUUUUUUAAAACGCCUAGUUUCAGAGAUAAUAUUAAUUUAAAAAUAAACAAGUUUUUGUUGUUACAUAAUGUAAAAGGCCUUUUUGAUGGUAAUGUUGCUGCUAUGGGACGUAGUCUAAAUAUCCUUAUUGAUAGAUGUCAAAAAGUGAGAAGUAACACUUUGCAAAAAUAAGGUUUUACGAAAAAAAAUAAUGUAAAAAUCCAUUUUAAGUAACAAGUUUACCAAUAACAUUUAUUAUUUAUGUACAAAUACAUUCAAAAAAUUGAAAAAACAAAACAAAAACAAUUUUUUUUUGGCUAAAUUGACCUAAACUCAUAUUAAUUUUUUUCCUUCUUGUGACCUCAGAAAUGCGUGGUUAUAAUUAUUCGGUUUCCUCAUGUUACACCAUGUAUAUGAGUGUAGUGUAGUUAUAUAACGGUAUAUAGGUACAUAAGGGUGGGCCUUCAUAUAUUUUGAGUCUAAAAUGGGAAAUGGAAAAUAACCGAACCUAUGGGAGCAUUAAUGAUUUACAAUAACGAGUAUUGAAAAACUGGUGAUUUUCGAACAAUGUUUUAUGACUAUUAGUACUUAUGUGUGGACUUCUGUAUAUUAAGAAAACUUACAUUAUAGUUACCUACUAAUUGAAAAAGUCUGCAGAAAAGGACAUCUCCAUUUAACACUUUGACGAAAGUUUCAACCAUAGACUAGAAAUCCUCUAGACCGAGUUUAGAGCAAUUAUUUCAUGCAACGAAUGCCAAAAAUGCGGGGGUGCGCGGGACGAGGUGAGCGAGGUCCCGUGCCGUGAUUGGUCCGUUCAAAGACACGGACGUCACACAAAGACACUUUCGACUCGAACAUGGAGUCAAUUUACCGUAUGCGUGGCAGAGCGGGUAGCGCGACUAUGCUCAGUCUGGUGGAUGUUUUGUCUGUGGUUUCAACAAAUAACUUCCAAAAUAUUCUAAGACUAUGACUUUAUUGUCUACCAAUAUGGGGAUGUCUAAACCGACUAGAAUAAUUUUGUUUACUUUUAUUACUUAUAUGUGACGUUCCAUGGAAAAAGGUAACUUAUGGCGGCCGGCGCUUACGUCGCAUGUCGCAUAGCGCCGCAAUAAUAUUGGAGCGGCUUUAAUAAUAGCGUAAGCGUCAACCGCCAUAAGGUACCUUUUUCCGUAGGAGGUCACAUAUGUUUUAAUUUUAAAAAGAUCUUAUUAAUCUAAGACCGAAAAGAUCUCAUUUUCUUUUAAGUCUUUGACCAAUUAAUGUCAUGUAAGAGGCAGUGAGAUAUUCUUUUUAUUAUUGUAAGUAUUUGUUUAAGCUUUACCAGAAUAGGGUCUACCUAAAACUAAAAUUUAGUAAUAAUACUUAAUCAUUAUCGUUUUUCAUUAGUUCAAAAUUCUAUGUACCUAACUUCUUGCCUUAAACUACGACAAAAGUUUUCGAGUAUUAUACAUACAUUUUUUUUGUAUAUACAUAGUUUAUUUUUCUGACAAUAUUGCUAAACAUUUGUAUAGUAAAUUUAAAAACUCUCAUAGUGACUCCAUUAUUUAACGAGACUUAUUUCAUUGAUUAUGUAACUAUUCCAGUGAACAUUCCUUUCGAGUUUACUUAGUUUAGUAAGAAUUAAUUGUUAAUUUAUAAUAAUUGGCCUCAUUCGGCCUAAAAUUACUUAAUCUCAAAGUUUAUUUAAAAUCUCCUUAGAUUUAUGUAGAUUUUAAGUACAUAUGCAGUGCAUAAAUUAUUAAUUAUUUUCACGGAAACGUACAGUCGCCAUCAGACAUAUCGGAGCGGCCAAGGUGUUCACAAAUAUCUGAACACGCCUCUAUUGUCAGGGCGCU